AUGUCUUCCACGAUCCGAGUUCAUAACUCUCUAAAACCAGGAGGGCCAGUACCUUUUGUUCCAAUUGAGAAAGGAAAGAUCUCCUGGUAUGCCUGUGGUCCGACUGUCUACGAUCAGAGCCAUUUAGGUCAUGCGCGCAAUUAUGUCUCGACCGAUAUUAUACGACGUAUCCUGUUGCACUACUUUGGAUUCGACGUCAAGUUCGUUAUGAACUUCACAGAUGUAGACGAUAAGAUAAUAAAAGCCCGAAGACAACGCUUGCUCGACCUUGAAAAACAAAAGAACUACACAGACGACGAGACCAUAGAAUUAGCGAAAGCUGCGUUCCGAGCAUAUGCAAAGAGCAAUCUCCCUAAGCUUCUCGAAGGCGAGGGAGAAGGCAAGCCAGGAGACGCCGAGGCAAAACUGAAGAUGCACAUAAGCAAUAUGACCACCGCGGUUAUUGCUAUCGGUGGUAACCAGGUAUUCGGGGGUGCCGACGAGAUCUUACUACCGUAUCUGGAUUCCUUAUACAAGGAAACCAUUGAUACAAGCGAUCAGUCAAUCUUCACCGAUCUAACCAAGUUUAUGGAGGGCGAAUUUACUGACGAUAUGGAUGCUCUAAACGUACUUCGCCCUGAUGUAGUCACGCGAGUUACCGAAUAUGUGCCUCAAAUCGCUAAGUUCGUUGAAAAGGUUGUCGAAAAGGGUUAUGCGUACGAAGCUGAGGGAUCCGUCUACUUCGAUAUUACAGCGUUUGAGAAGGCGGGAAAUACGUAUGCGAGAUUACGACCGGAUAGUCGCAAUGAUAAGGCACUGCAAGAAGAAGGCGAGGGCUCCCUAUCUAAGAGCCUCGGCGGGAAGAAAGGUGCCGGUGAUUUUGCACUGUGGAAGAAGUCCAAACCAGGUGAACCGUACUGGCCAAGCAAAUGGGGCAAUGGACGGCCAGGAUGGCAUAUUGAAUGCUCAGUGAUGGCGUCCGAUGUUCUGGGUUCGCGUAUGGACCUUCAUAGUGGUGGUAUCGAUCUGGCAUUUCCGCAUCACGACAAUGAACUAGCCCAAAGCGAGGCGUAUUUCUGCGAACACGGUCAUGAGCAUACUUGGGUCAACUAUUUCCUGCACAUGGGCCACUUAUCGAUUUCCGGGUCGAAAAUGUCCAAAUCCCUCAAGAAUUUUCAGACAAUCAAGGAUGCAUUAGCAUCAACAUAUACAGCACGGUCAAUGCGUAUAGUAUUCCUUCUCGGUAGAUGGAACGACGGCGUUGAAAUAUCGCCGGACAUGAGAACUCAAGCGGACAGCUGGGAAAGCCUGGUCAAUAACUUUUUCACAAACACAAAAUCGCUUCUGGCCGAAGCAGCCGGCUCUUCAACGACUGUGGAUAGCGGUGUGAAGGCACUCUCGAUUGAUGAUAAAUCCCAAGAAGGCUUAGGAGCCGAUUUAGAGCAAGCCAAGAAAGAGGUUGAAGAAGCCUUUACUAACUCUUUUGAUACGCCACAAGUCUUACGAGCAAUAGCGGAAGUCAUUCGAAAAGUCAACGUUCAUAUCAACGCCCAGAAGUCUAAUGUGGACCUGCCGGCAGUUGAAGCAAUUGCAAGGUGGAUUACCAAGAUAGUUGGCAUUCUUGGUCUCGACGCGAAUGCGAGCCCUCCUUAUGAAGGUCUCGGUUGGGUUUCUGCCGCCGCGGCGACUAACCAAGACCCGAAAAUAGCCGUGCAGCCAUAUAAGACUGUAUAUGAGACAAUCUAUUCCGACGUGCGGGCUCUGAAGCUCCCUUCCUCUGAAACUAUCACCAAUCUUCUCUCACAAUCACCGGAUCCGGAGUUUGAUUCUUUAGCCUGCUGGAACUAG